CACACUGCGGCGUGUCGUGAUGCGUUCAGGGUCCGGGAGCGGCCCACCUGCGGCUCACCUGCCAGCCUGCCGUGUGUUUACUUCAGGGCCCGGGAGGAAGCAUCGCCGCCGCCUCCUCCUCCGGUAAGAUGGCGGAUUAACGAGUGACGGCUGCUUCACCGACGCUGCAGUGACGGUUUUUCCCCGCGAAGUGAUGCGGACGGUGGUCGCGCUCACAGCGGGGGAUAUUUACGGUUGUCCGGCGGUGACGGACGGUAGAAGGCUAACUGCAGCUCUCUGCGGCGGCAGCUCGGCCGCAGCUGCUCCGGACAUCCUCUGACAGCCGAACCGCAACGGGAGGAUCCUGGUUUUUAUCCUGACCCGGAUUUAUUUGGGAUUUUCUUGACUCUAACCAUCAGCUGGGCAGACUCCGGGCUAAAGGGAGCCUUUGUGGAUAAUUCGGCCGCAGGUAACCGUGUGAGGGAUGCGGACUGCGGGACUGUGAUCCCGGAGAGUCUGACUGCAGAAUCACGUUAGAAAAAAGGCGUUUUUGGAGAUAACCCGGUUUGUUCUGGAUUGUCUCGGCUCUAAACUUGAGGCGGGUAGAGUCAGGACUAAAGGGGACCUUAGAGGAUAAAUCGGCUCCAGGUAAACUCAUCCUGGACUAUGGAGACAUGAGAUACGGGCCGGACCAGAACCCAGACCCGACAGAAGGAGAACCGGCCGAAUAAUAUCAGGAAAAUCAGUUUGUAGGCUUGACCCGUUUAUUCGGGUUUUUCUCAGCCGCAGAUCCGGACCGCAUGUCCCGGACCACAGGGGGCCUCUGAGGAUAAUACGGAACCAUGGGGACUCAGGGACCGGGCCGCAAGAGGAUCCCGAACCGGGAGAAGCUGACUGCAGAGGACGAUGCCCUGAACCAGAUCGCCCGGGAGGCCGAGGCGAGGCUGGCGGCGAAGCGAGCGGCGAGAGCCGAGGCCCGAGAGAUCCGCAUGAAGGAGCUGGAGCGACAACAGAAAGAGCUGUUUCACAGUCAUAAGAAGUACUAUGGCGUGGAUAAUAAGUGGGGGCACAUUGAGCAGUGGAUGGAGGACAGUGAGCGGUAUUCUCGCCACUCACGGAGGCACGCUUCGAUCUCCGACGAUGAGGAGAGGAUGUCUGUGGGGAGUCGCGGCAGCCUCAGGCCUUCGGACUACAGCGGGUUUCUGGGUUCUGGUUCUCGGGCCUCCUCCAGGGCCAGUUCAGCUCGGGCGAGCCCAGUGGUAGAGGAGAGGACCGACAGAGACUUCCUCGAUAAAGGUUCGAGGACGGCGUCCACGCUGUCAGCGGCCACGCUGGCCUCGCUGGGCGGAGCCUCGUCUCGCAGAGGAAGCUGUGACACGUCGUUCUCCGUAGAAACCGAAGCGUCCAUCAGAGACAUGAAGGACUCCCUGGCGGAGGCGGAGGAGAAGUAUCGAAAAGCGAUGGUUUCUAACGCUCAGCUGCACAACGAGAAGACGACGCUGAUGUAUCAGGUGGAGACGCUGAGGGAGGAGCUCAGCGACAUGGAGGAGCUGCUGUGGGAGUCGCGGCGCCGCUGCGACGACGCCCACAAGGGGUGGGAGCGGGAGCGUCAGGCACACAGUGUGCUGCAGUUUCACUUCAAAGACAUGGAAGAAAGUCUGAAACAGACCGAGGAGCUGCUCACGGAAGUGACUGACCUGCGUCUGAAGAGCAGCAGUUACUGUCAGGAGGUUUCUGACCUGCAGGAGGCACUGCAGUGGAAAGACAAGAAGAUCGCGGCGUUGGAGCGGCAGAGAGAAAUCUCCGACAUUGUUCACAUCGAGCGCGACCGGCUCAGAGACGAGGUGAUUCGACAGCGAGAUUUACUGAAGAAACAUGGCGUGGUCAUCUCUCCUGACAUCACCACCAAUGGGGAUGUUGAACUGGGCGGGUCCGAGGAUGAUGUAAGCGCAGAAUCUGCCUCCCGACUGGCUCAGGAGUCUCCUCACGGUGGGAGGGACAACACGCUAGAGCUUCGGCUGAAGAAACUUUUUGAGGAAAGAGAGAGUUUACAGGACCAGGUGAGGCUGCUGCAGUCUCAGCUGGAUCAGAGACAGAAGAUGGUCACAGAUGGAGUCCAGAACGUGGAGGAGGACGGGCUGGAGAACGGGAUGGACUCUCACCUGCUAGAACUGCAGAGAGACGCCAACAGACAAAUCAGUGACCUCAAGUUCAAAUUAGUUAAAUCUGAACAGGAAGUCACCGCUCUGGAACAAAAUGUGAUCCGUCUGGAGGGUCAGGUAAGUCGCUACAAAGCGGCAUCAGAGAACGCCGAGAAGAUCGAAGAUGAGCUGAAGGUCGAGAAAAGAAAGCUGCAGAGAGAGCUCCGCUCGGCUCUGGACCGGAUCAGCGAGCUGGAGGCCAGUAACACCCACCUCUCCAAGCGCCUGGAGAAGAUGAAAGCUAACCGUAACGCCCUGCUGGCCCAGCAGUGACGAACCCUUCAUCACGUCUUCAUCUCCAGUUUGACGGAGACAAUCAGACCUGUGGCAGCACUUGAUUUUACUUUGCAUGAGCACCAGACGGGUGGAGUUGGCUGAGGCAGCAAAAACAAACCAAAACCAGAAUCUGCAAAUGUGAUCUGUAAUGUAGCGCUGUGAGCACAGCUGCCAUCCACACUCAUGGCAGGAUUUACCACACCGACUUCAGACUGCAGCAUCGGUAACGUUUGUCCAUCUAUCGAGCAUCAGAGGGAAAAACAGGCAUCGGAUCGAGUCAGGAGACACAAAAACCUCCACUGCUUCACUCUGAUUGGUUAGAUCAGUGUUAGCUCUCCACUCAUAGUCAUUGUGUCAGCAGAAGUUAGGAACCUCUGCUUCCACUGAAGGUGUCUGUGGAAAUGAUCAUUUUAUGUGGCUGUAUAUCCAUUUUUGAUGCUUGUGACCAAUGAUUAUUAUUUAGCCACCAGCCUCACGAUGUUUUUAUCAAUCCAGAUAGGCGGAACCAUGCUUCCUGUGUGUUAUAUUUUCUCAGGCUGCAGUGUGAGCGUUUUCACACUGUGGACACGUCACGUGGACGUAUGAAAAGCUGUGGCUUUUAAAAAACAUUCAUUUAUUGGAGCAGAUCAUUUUUGAUGUGUGUUAGUGAGAUCUGAGGGAACAAACCAAAUACAUUCAUGUGGCCUGACUGAGGAAAAAAAAUGUGCGUUUUAAAAAUAAAUACAAAAUUUCAAUAAAACAGUCUAAAUACUAUUUUAAGAAUAAAAUAGUAUUUGUGGACAUUAAAGUUGUUGUUUCAAGUCAAACAGCUGCGACACUGUGUCUGCUAUACCGUCUCCAAAAUGUCUCGUGGCGUUAGUAAGAUUAUAGUUUAGAAUCAGUUUUAGUAACGAGGAAAUGAUUUUAGUACAUAAACACGAUGCAGUGAUAAGUAUGAGGACGUCUAAGAGAUGGUGCAGAAAGCUGCAUCUGCUCAGAAGGAAAAAAAAACACAAACUGGCAACAGACAGAUUGAAGAAUAUCGAUGGUCGCGCCUUCGUGCAGCACAGAGAGGAUACGCAGAAUCACAAGACACAGUAAGACAGCUGAUCACGUUGUUUCAUGAACCCGAGGCAUUUUGCAGAGGGUUUACCAGCUGUGGCUGUUUUUUGACUUGAAAUGAUGACUUUAUCUCAAAAUCGUAUUUUGGUGUUUUUCUUGAAAUUUUGACUUUUAUUCUCAAAAUGCACAAUUUAAUUUGGCUGUCAGUGUGGCCCUAAUGCUCCUUUGUAUCACACGAGAUGCAGACUUAAAAACUAAUCUGAUCAAACAGAAUGUGACCAUUUCUCUGUGAUUUUUUUUCCUUCUGAUGCUCCUAAUCUGCAUUCAAACCAUCAGAGCUGCAGUCCUGGUGUCCCCCUGUAGGUAAACACCGCCCGCCUGGCCCUCCAGGUGUGUUAAAUCAAACUCUACAUCUGCCUCAUCCGCAUCCAUCCGUGUGAAGUGUGGCACUACCUCUUCUCCAACACUGGAGGGCGCAGUUUCCCUCAGAGACUUGAGAGACCAGUUUGGAGCAGAUGGAUAGAAAUGAUCUUUGUUUUCAUUUUGUUGGUGAGGGAUUUUGUCUUUUCUGUGUUCAGGUGGAGCCGAACUCCUUGGCAGGGGGUGUUUGUCAUAUUUUGAGUCUGAUAUUUAGUUGUGGGGGGCCGGGCACUGAUGGACCCAGAUAGCAGCAUCAACAAUCAUCCAAAUGAUGAUCAGUUAGCUUUUAUUCUCACCAGAUUAACUCUGAUCCUGUUAAUCCCGAAUCACUGCACCAGCAGUGCCCAGCCCCGCCCAGUCUGCUUUAUUUGUGUAUCCAGGUAACAGGAGGGGGUGUGGUCACAGUGAAGGAGGUCACCUCGUGUCUCUGUGUUGGAUUUUGGGACUUUUCUCGGCACUUGGGAUGUGAAAUCACCAGCUUGUAAAUGUAAUUAAUCAAUGAAUGAAUGGAUGAAGAGUUUGAAUCACCACACUGAUUCAGGGAAAGAGUUUUUCUGAGGCAGCACCAGUGUUUGUCUCUCUGGGUGUUGAAGGAUGUUUGGAUCAAACUCUUCACAUCUUAACCUGAUAAUCAAUAAUCUGAAGUUUUUGUGAAUGUACGGGUCGCUUCCUGCUGAGCAGCAAUCAUCAAUCCAGGCUGAUCCUGAUCAUUCAGUGUGCAAUAUUUCCACUCAUGUUUGGGGAAACUUUCAGCUAUUUUAUUGUAUUGGCUGUCCUAUUGAUUAGGAUGAGGGGUAUCAAUAUAUCAGUCAGUGGGUUUUAUUGAUUUUACUGAUCAGUGUGACGGCUGUUUGAAGCCUUCAAUUAAACUCA